AUGUCUACACCUGAACUUCACCCUCUAGGCCACGAGAGUAAGGUCGCUCACCUUUCCACAGGCCAUCACUACCGUUAUGUGGAUAUCCACCCUCCCAAGGGCGUUACAACCAUUGUCACGGCACUAUUACUCCAUGGAUUCCCAGACUCUGCCUAUGGAUGGCGUCACCAGGUAAAAGGCUGGUCAGCACGAGGCAUCCGUUUGAUCAUACCCGAUAUGCUUGGAUAUCAUGGAAGCUCUCAGCCAACCGAUCCCGAGCAGUACGCCAUGAAGCGACUAAGUGACGAACUCGAAGAGCUUCUUCCAGUACCAGGUCUUCUUUGUCUCCCCGAGUCUACAACAGUUAUCGAUGCCAAUGUUGAUCGGUUCGUUAACCUAAUGUAUACCUCGGCAAAACAAGUCGUAACUGGCGAAUGUCCAUCAAUUGAGAAAACCGGAGUGAUCGAGGGCUGGCUGAAAGAUGAGACCAAAAGCGUAACAUCUGAGCUGCUCUCAAAAGAGGAAUUAAAUACUAUGCUAUCCGAGAUCAAGGCCGGUGUAGGAUUCGGGGCGAUGCUCAACUACUAUCGCACUCGUAAAAUCAAUCAUGAGCUAGAAAAAGAUCUUCCACAGGAUAUCCGACCUGAUAUACCCAAGUUGAUGGUCAUUCCUUCGGCUGAUGUUGCCGUCCCAACAACAAUGUCGGUGAAUGCUGAAAAGAAUCUCAAGAACACCGAGAUCGUGUGGAUUGAAGGGCUCUGUGGUCAUUGGGUCCAGCUGGAGAGGCCUGAAGAGAGCGAAAGGAUUGUGGGAGAAUGGGUGGAACGCUUUUCAGCGAAGGACUGGGUUCCGUGA